GCAGAGGAGAAUGCAUCGACGUUGCAUGACAGUCGUCUCUGGUCACUGAGUAUAGUUGCCAUUUUGAGAAGAGGUGGCUAGGAUCACGUGCGACGGCGCUGAUGCGCUUUCCAUGGCAGCGGAAGCGCCGGUCUACGCACUGCUAUGCCGGGCUAGGGCCCCACGGGCCAAACACCACGUCUUGUCUCAUACCUUCACCAACGACCCCUCCCUCCUCACGAUCUUCCCCGACAUUUUCUUCAUCUGUGAUGUGUGCGUCGAGUCACAAUUCCCAUGUUCUCCCGCUCCUGGCAGCGGCGUUGUUGUUUUUCUCGAAUCUCCGAAGUGUGCGGGCACUAUACUGUGUGGAUACUGGACGCGGAUUCCAGGAGUGUAGCGUCCUCUCUCCUAGCGCUCGCAUCGGCAUUGGCAUUGCAAUAGCCGUUGCCGGUUUGCUCUUGAUAUUCUUUGUAGGCAUUAUGCGUCAACGCCGCAUCAAGAGGAACAACAUGGCCUACGUGAACAACAAUAUCGGGAUGCAAGGCUCGCAGUACGCCGGGCCUCCAGGCUACUAUCAAUCGCAAGCAUACGCCCCACAGUACCCGCAGUACCCGCCACCGACGCAUAAUAACGGGUGGGAUCCGCACACUGGCUUUGCCCCCGUAUGUCUUUGUCCUGUCUCCUGCUAUCUGUCGCUUAUCUGACAACGGACUCGGUACAGCCUUACCAGACGCAGCCUCCCCAGUACACCCCACCUCCGGGUCCUCCGCCAGUCGUGUCGGACAAGACUCGGCCGUUGAGCGGAGUGUAAUCCCCAAGUAAUGCCGCUGCCCCAUCUUUGUGCUCUGUAUCUCC